AUGGACAAUUCCACUCAAGAAUCCCAUCUCCGAUCCGAUAACAACUCCGUCACCUACGAUUCUCCUCAUCCUCUUUACGCCAUGGCUUUCUCUUCAAACCCCAAUCCCCAACAACACCAACGAAUCGCCGUCGGAAGUUUCAUCGAAGAAUACACUAACCGCAUCGAUAUCCUCUCUUUCAACCCCGAUACUCUCUCCAUUAAACCUCAACCUUCACUUUCAUUCGAUCACCCUUAUCCACCUACCAAACUCAUGUUCCACCCCGCAACCCAUUCACCCCUUCAGAAAACAUCCUCCGACCUCCUCGCUACCUCCGGCGACUAUCUCCGUCUCUGGGAAGUUCGUGAGAAUUCCGUCGAGGCUCUUUCACUUUUCAACAACAGCAAAACCAGCGAGUUUUGUGCUCCGUUAACCUCCUUCGACUGGAACGAAAUUGAGCCGAAACGCAUCGGAACUUCGAGUAUCGACACGACUUGUACUAUCUGGGACAUUGAAAGAGGGGUUGUAGAAACUCAGCUUAUUGCACAUGAUAAAGAGGUUUACGAUAUCGCUUGGGGGGAAUCGAGAGUUUUUGCUUCUGUUUCUGCUGAUGGGUCUGUUAGGAUCUUUGAUCUAAGAGACAAAGAGCAUUCUACUAUUAUCUAUGAGAGUCCUCAACCAGACACUCCUUUGCUUCGUUUGGCUUGGAACAAGAAGGAUUUGAGAUACAUGGCAACUAUUUUGAUGGAUAGUAAUAAAGUUGUGAUUUUGGAUAUUCGAUCACCAACCAUGCCUGUGGCGGAAUUGGAGAGGCAUCGUGCUGGUGUUAAUGCGAUUGCUUGGGCUCCAAGAAGCUCUAAGCAUAUUUGUUCCGCCGGAGAUGAUACCCAGGCUCUUAUGUGGGAGUUGCCUGCUGUGGCUGGUCCAAAUGGGAUUGAUCCAAUGUCUAUGUAUUCUUCUGGCUAUGAAAUUAAUCAGCUUCAGUGGUCUGCUGCUCAGCCUGAUUGGAUUGCAAUUGCUUUUGCAAACAAGAUGCAGCUUUUGAGGGUAUGA